UGGCGCGCUGCACACAAUAUUCGGUGACGCUUCCGUUUAGCUCGAUCUACAUUUAGGCUCAAUCCCGCACACGUUUAGUUCGGUCGGUGCGUUCGCUCGGUAGUGAAUAAAAAGGACAGUGUUUAGUUGAGAGCCGAGGCGCUGUUGGAAUUUCCGUUUUCAUUAGUGCUAUAUCUUGUGGUCUAUCUCUUGUUGAAGUGGAUGACCGGAACAAGAUACAUUCUUGGACCCUUCACUGAUAAAAGUGCUGCCUGUACUCUUGUCCCGUGAGGUGCCCAUUCGCCCAGCAGUGUUGACAACAGUGGCAAAGGACGCAGUGAACUGUUACGAGGAUUAAGUUACCCCUUGUCCACUGGUACGAAGAUUGAGUGCGUAACAAGUAUUGUGCCAAAGUGGUUCCAUUUCUAUACACUUGCGCUAUAUCAUUUGGGGGGACACACUCUCCAUUUGCAUGUGACCGCAUGUGCAUCUGCUGGAACGAAAAUUAGCUUUUGAUUUAACUGGCUUCUUUGACAGUGGUGCGAUUCCCAUAUUCAUCAUAAUGACGAUGGAUUCCGCAAUGGUAAAUGCUUCUUUCCCGAGUACAACGGGAACCAUUCACUAAUUGAACCUCACAUCGGUGGAUGCGUGUAAGUGAUCAGCUCUAAGAGGGAUUAUUGUAAUUUUCGCAUAGUUGCGUGACGUUCCAGGCCUGUGAUGUGUUAAUUUGAACCAGAAAGCACCCACAAGACCGAACUAUAUAAUAGAGUUAAUCAAGUGUCUAGGGGGAAUAAAUAAAUUAAUUUCGGUGGCUCCAACGAGUGGCGGGAUUUUUUCAAGUGUUUCCGAAUUUGUUAUGUUAUCGUCGUUCGAGUGGAUUAAUUCAAUUGCAAACGAGACAAGCGAGCCACAGUGCAUCCAGUAGAGGACAAAAUUUCUUCGCUCCUUUGAGGGCCACAAUAGGGAAAAUGAAAAAAAGUUUUCCAUUCCAUUAGUGUGAAUUCUCAAAUGAAGUUGACCCUCGUCAAGAAGAUAGUCUGCAGACGCAUUGCCAGAGAGGCACGGCGGGGAAACGAGUGGCAUAGUUUCCCAUAAUUAAGUUGUCCAGCACGAUAAGUGGCUUCAUUAUCGGAAAGUUGCGUCUGACUAGUAAAUUAGCAAUGAUUCACCAUCAACCAGCGAAAUACCACACGAAUCCUUUGACACAUUUUCUCAACUUACACAAUUCACAUGCCACAGCGGCAGCAGCCGCCGCCGCUGCUGCAGCCGCAGCUGCUGCCCUCGAUCAGCAUCAGCAACAGCUUCACCACCAUCAGCACUACCAUCAGAAGCAUGGGGAGGAUUUGAAUCUGCUCAAUAACAACACGGUGGGUGGUGAUGACGACUGCGAUAAGAAUCAAGACCUAAUCGGCAGAAAUAGUUUGGAUAUCGAGAAUACCGAUACCAAUCAGACGAGCGAUGCCGAAAACAACAAUAUCGACAUCAUUGAUGAUGAUGACGAAUGUGACGAAGAGGCACUCGAGGCAGCACGAAGCGACAGUCAUACACCCAGUACGACAACCCCACUGGACGCCGACGGCAUUGGAAAAUCGUUCACGAUAGCGGCCAUUUUAGGGCUGAAGAAGAAGCAGGAAGCCGAAGCCCGCAGCUUCAACGAUGUUAUGAAUCUCUCGUUAAAUAACCACAGCGACAGUGGGUCCGCUUUCCAUCAACGGACCAACAAGGAUUCGGAUUCCCAUCAAGACACAUCGGAUAAUAUCCGAAACCAGCUUGGUCAUCACCUAUCACAAUCACCUCAUAGCAGUUCGAACAGCAGCCUAGCCGCACUCCAAACCCUGCAUCAUAUUCAUGGAUCUACCGGUGGUUUCACGUCACAUCAGUUUCAUCAGCACCAUUCUGCCGUCGGUACCAACAACGUGGGCAGUAGCGGAGGCAGCACACCCGCUAAUGGUAACAGCCAAUUGCACCAUUCGCUUCAACACCACGCGAGCCAUCAUCCCCACCAUUCCCACCAGCAUCAUCAUCAUCAUCAGCAUCACCAGGCAUUGCCUGGCCAUUUGGGAUCCCAUCUCGGGGGACACCAACAUACACCACAGCAACCACAUUUGGCCAAUCAUCAACACCCGCACCCACACCAUCAUCACCAUCUAGCGAUGGCGGCACAUCACCACGCGCAGAAUCAUAAUCGGGAUAAAUUUAAAGACAUCGGCAAGAAAGUCUCACUUUCGUCUUCAUCCGCACUGAAGAGCAAACGCGUUCGAACAAUUUUUACACCCGAACAACUGGAACGGCUCGAGGCCGAGUUCGAACGCCAACAGUACAUGGUCGGUCCCGAGCGGUUGUAUCUUGCGCACACCCUCCAGCUGACAGAAGCACAGGUAAAAGUGUGGUUUCAAAACCGUCGGAUAAAGUGGCGUAAACAUCAUCUGGAAAUUACCCAGCAACGCUUAGCGCUGAUACGGCAGCGUCAAAUCGCAAGCGGUGUUGUUCCUCCCCAAACACAAGGAACUGGGGGACCAACGUGUGGUGCGGAUUCUCCCUCUCCACACGGGACACAGUCAGCGAUGAGCGGAGGACGCAUGGUGCUUGGACCCGCAGCAGCUGGCGGAACCGAGUCACCCGAACUGACCAUUUGCACGGACUCACUCGAUGCGAGAAGUGUGAGCGGAAGCGACGUUUGAAGUUGCCGAAUAUCGCUUUGGAACAAUACACGCAAAAGUUGUAAUUAUAUACAGGGAUACUCGAAAAUACUAUUGAUUUUUGUUUUGGUCUUUCGUUGGGAAGAUCUUAUCAUUAGCAACAAGUGUGAUCGAAUAAGUAGGUUUAUUGUUUUUACGCUCAGAAGCACGCGAUUUGGUAGAAUCGAAGGAUACUCAAGUUUAUGUAAACAGUAGAAAUAUGUGUAUAAAAUGUUAUAAAUGAUAA